UGUUGAGAACUGUAGCAAUAUAAUAAUCGAUUUCAAUCAAACUCCCGCCAAAAUGACUAAAAGCACCUGCCAUUGAAACCUCUAAUAGUUGUUUUCAUUUUCUUCUUUUUGUAUAUAAAAUAAGAAUCUUUAUAACUUUUAAUAGUUAUUAUUUGUAAUACUUUCUGACACUCUAAUUCUGUGAGAAACAUGAGUGAUGUACAAUCACCCUCAGCAAGCAGAAGUAAACGUCAAAAGAUUGAUAAAACUGGAAGGCUAUCAGCUUUAGAAAAAUUAAGACAAUUGAAGGGUAGUAAACAUAAAUAUGAGGUUGAUGAAUUGGAAAAUGUUUAUGAAGAAGUUGAUGAGAAAGAAUAUACUAAAACUGUAAUAGAAAGACAACAUGAUGAUUGGAUUAUUGAUGAUGGAAACAGUGGUUAUGUAGAGGAUGGUAGAGAAAUUUUUGAUGAUGAUUUAGAUGAUGAAAGCAUACAAGAAGCAAGAAAGCAUAAGGUCACAGGACCUAAAAAAGCUAAAAAGGAUAAUGAGAAGAAAAGGAAAGGAAAUAUUCAAAGUAUGAUAAUGAACAUGCCUUCUAAAAAGAAACAUGAUGUUGGACUGGAUCAUGAUAAUAUCUUAGGAGAUUUAAUGUCUGAAUUGAAAAAGAAUGAUACUCCAAAGAAACCAGAAUCAAGAACUGUCAAAAAUAAAUUCUGUGUUAACACUCAGUCAAAUAAAACAAAUACUUGUCCAGAACAAAAACUACAGUCAAUUUUGGAAUCUGAUAAAAUACAAUAUCAUAAUCAGACUGAUGAUGAUUUAAUAAUGUUUGAUAAACCAAGGAAGACAAAUGUAUUUAAACAAACAGAAUCAAUUUGUCAAAUACAAAGUACUUCAAAUCAAUCUAGCAGUCAGAUAAUUACAGAUGAUGAUGAAAUUAUUGAUAAUUUAAACACAACAGUAUCAGAUGUAAAUUCAAAAGAGAAUGCUAAAAAUACAAGUAGUAGUCAAGUAAUUGAAAGUGAAAGUGAAGAUCUUAGUCAAUUUAUUAGUGAUUUCAAUACAGAUUUUGAAAGUAAACAUGUUGAUCAUGUUGAGAAGUCAGUACCAUCUGUCAUUCAAAAAAACGAAAAAAAUAAAAUGCUUAAUCCACCAGAAUGUAAGAAAGACAUUGAAACAGAAAUGUUUGAUUCCGAAAGUUUUAGUAAGAUGUUAGAUAGUGACUUUGAAAUCCAAACUCCAAAUGUUGAAGUAUCUACAAAUACUACCGAAGUGCCUUUACCACUUGUAACUAAUGCAAAUAAAGAAGAAGUAUUUAGAUUCUAUUGGUGGGAUGCAUAUGAAGAUCCAUACAAACAGCCUGGAAUUGUGUACUUGUUUGGAAAAGUUUUUGUACCAUCUAUAAAAGAAUAUCGUUCUUGCUGUAUAACAGUAAAAAAUAUUCCGCGAAGAAUUUAUCUUCUUCCUAGAGCAUAUAUAAAAACUUCUUCAGAGGAAAAUAAUGAAGAACAAGCAAAUACGAUAGAAAAUGUAUAUAAAGAAUUUAAUCAAUUUGCAAAUAAAGUAGGAAUAAAAGAAUUUCGUUGCAGUAAAGUUUUAAAAAAUUAUGCUUUUGAGCAGGAAGGCACUCCAGCAAAGUCUGAGUACUUAGAAGUAAGAUAUUCUGCUCAUUAUCCAGUCAUGCCUUCUGAUUAUUCUGGAUUAUCGAUAGAACGUGUUUUUGGAACAACUGUAAAUGCUUUAGAAUUAUUUCUGAUAGAAAGAAAUAUAAAAGGUCCAUGUUGGUUAGAUAUUAAGUGUCCAUUGCCUACUGGUGUACAGACCAGCUGGUGCAACAUAAAGGUAAAUUGUAUGAAAAUGGAAAACAUAUCUGUUUUCUCUGAGUGUCAAACAUUACCACCGUUAGUAAUGAUGACUUUGAAUGUACGAACUUGUUUGAAUGCUAAAUCACAACAAAAUGAGGUAGUUAUGGUUGCUAUACUCAUACAUUAUAAAUAUCAUAUUGAUAAAGAACCACCGAAACCACCGUUUCAACAACAUAUUUGCCUAAUUACACAUCCGCGCGACAUUCCUUGGCCAAGACAAGCGCGAGAAAUACUGUCAAAUAUUUCAUAUACUAAAGUAAUGAAAUUUGAAACAGAAACAGAUUUACUUGAAGAAUUAUUAAAAAUAAUUAAUACAACAGAUUCGGACUGUUUAAUUGGAUAUGAUUGUGGCUUUCAAUUUGAUAUAUUAAUGCAUAGAAUGAUAACAUUAAAAGUUUCAAAUUGGAGUAGACUUGGAAGACUAAGACGUUCGGCACCUCCUUUUAUCAAGGGAAAGAUAAAUUUAAAUCAAGUAAUAGCUGGGCGUCCUACUUGUGACAUACAAGUUUCAGCUAAAGAAUUAAAUCUCAAAGUUAGAAGUUAUGAUUUGUCAUCUCUUUGUACUGCGGUGUUAAAAAAGAAAGAAAAUGAAUGUAAAGAAAUAAAACCAGGCGAAUGCGCGUCAUUUUACAAUACAACAAAUAAAAUAGACAAUUUAAUUAAGAUAACAUUAACAGAAGCAUUGUAUAUUCUGUCCAUUGUUUUCGAACUCAAUGUUCUUCCACUUGCAUUGCAAAUUACGUGUAUUGCUGGAAAUAUUAUAUCAAGAACGCUAACAGCAGGACGUGCCGAGAGGAAUGAAUAUUUAUUAUUACAUGCUUUUCAUUUAAAACAAUACAUAACACCUGAUAAACGAAUUACAAAAAAAAGAAAAGGUGAUGAAGAACAUACGGGUAGAAAAAAAGCCGCUUAUGCUGGUGGCUUAGUUCUUGAACCAAAAAAAGGAUUUUAUGAUAAACUUAUUUUAUUAAUGGAUUUUAACUCUUUGUAUCCCAGUAUAAUUCAGGAAUAUAAUUUAUGUUUUACCACUGUACCUGGAGCUGCAUAUGCUGAUAGUGCGGACUUAUCUAUACCUGAAUCAGGGUUGGAACCAGGUGUAAUUCCAACCGAAAUUCGUAAAUUAGUUGAAAGCAGAGGAGAGGUGAAGAAAUUAAUGAAAACGCCAAAUAUUUCACCCGAAUUAAAAAUGCAGUAUAAUAUUAGACAACUGGCUUUGAAACUUACAGCUAAUUCUAUGUACGGUUGCUUGGGUGCAACUCAUUGUAGAUUUUAUGCCAAAGGACUUGCUGCUUUAGUAACAGCAAAGGGACGAGAAAUUCUACAACAUACAAAAAGUCUAGUUGAAAAAUUGAAUUAUGAAGUCAUAUAUGGAGAUACCGAUUCCAUAAUGAUAAACACAAAUAUAUUAGAUUAUGAAGAAGUUGUUGUUGUUGGAAGAAAGAUUAAGCAAGAGGUCAACAAGUUGUAUAAACGGGUAGAGUUAGAUAUUGAUGGCGUUUUUCGAUAUUUAUUACUUCUACAAAAGAAAAAAUAUGCUGCGGUUACAAUCACAAAAUUGCCUAAUGGGCAAAUAGAAUUAUCCCAAGAACAUAAAGGUUUAGAUAUUGUACGAAGAGAUUGGUGUCAGUUAGCUUGUGAUGUUGGGAGAAAAAUUUUGGAUCAACUCCUUUCUGAUCAAUCAAAUGAAAAUCGAUUGGAACAAAUUUUCCACUUGUUACAAAAUGUUGCCAAAAAUGUUCGAGAAAAUCAAGUUUCAUUAUCAUCGUUAGUUAUAACAAAACAAUUAUCAAAAAAUCCACAUGAAUAUCCAGAUGCUAAACAAGCUCACGUACAAGUUGCUUUAAGAUUAAACAAAGAAGGAGGUAGGAUGUGGAAAGUUGGCGAUACUGUUCCGUAUAUUAUAUGUGACGAUGGAACAGAUAAGUCUGCAACUGAAAGAGCAUAUCAUAUUGAUGAAUAUAAGAAGAGUGAUACUUUAAAAAUAGAUGUCAAUUAUUAUUUGCUAAGUCAAGUUUUUCCUAUUGCUCUGCGAAUUUGUGAACCAAUCGAAGGAAUUGAUGAUGUUUUGCUAGCUGAAAAUUUGGGUUUGGAGAAAAUUUAUAAAUCUAAAAGAAUAAUACACGAAGAAGAAAACAAUGAUAUACCGUUAUUGGUAAAUGAUGAUAGAUUUAAGUAUUGUCUUCCUCUGAAAUUCAAUUGUACAAAUGAAAAAUGUCAAUCAGAAAUUAUAAUUAAGGAUGUUCUGACUGAAACGCCUACUGGUAAUCAGUUAUCACUUGCUUCGUGUUCAAAUCCGGACUGUAGAGUACAACCAUGGACAUAUGUUAAUGCUAUACAAAAUGCGAUGACACUCGCUGUACGAGAAGCAAUUUCUGAAUAUUAUGUGGGCUUGUUAGAGUGUGAAAAUCCAUUGUGUGGUGAACAGACACAAAUACUCCCGUUAGGUUUUUGUAAAAAAUAUCCGACUUGUAGAAAAUGUGCAGAUGCUGAUUUACAUAGGGUGUUUUCAGAAACAAAACUUUAUAAUCAAAUGUGCUUUUAUCUUCAUCUUUUUGAUGUAAGUCAGCCAAAGUACAAAAAUUUAUUGUCUCAGCGUCCACAGGGUAUGAGAGAAGCAUAUGAUUCUUUGAAGGAAGCAAUGGAAAAAAUACUUAGGCGAAAUGGAUUUUCUGUUGUAUGUUUGGAUACAAUAUUUUCAUGUACUAAUUCACAACAAAAAACACCAAGUUUACAUAAAAGUACUUUAGAUAUAUCAGAUGGAUCAGACGAUGAAAUGUGAAAAUAAUCUGUUAUAUUAUCCAACCUAUAUUUAUUAUAAAAAUAAAGGCUUCUUCUUUUAAACAUCUUA